AGAAAAGAAAGCGCGGGGGACGCAGCAUCCCUAGAAGCCAAAACACUGCUCCCGAUCGGUGCCAGAAAUGGAGGUCGCAUCAUCUUCCGCCUCGCAUCCCAGUCGGCGGAGCAAAGCCGCCACAGCAUCUCGGGCCGAGAACGACGCAGUGCAGCUCCGCCGCGACUCCGACUGAAGGCGAGCACGGGAUGAUGGAGCAGAGCGCACGUUUCGGCCGAGGACUGCUCCUGUCUGUUGCUUGGCUCUUCCUUUCGCAAGGGCUCUGCCAAGCCGUCCGAAUUGGCGUGCUGCUUAAACCCAAUCAUCGCGAAGCAUGGCGGGAAUUCGAGAAGGCCAUAAGAAACUUCAACGCGAGCCAGGACGCCAAGCGCUUGGGCAUCGAAAUCAGCGCGUAUGCGGCUGAACACGAAGACGACCUUUUCACAGUGACGCACGAACUGUGCCGGCAGCUGAGUUUGGGAGUGACGACCGUGCUCAUCUCGACAUCGGGCCUUUCAGAUGCGUCAGUCCGUUCGCUGUUCGCCAACACGAACGUGCCACGCAUCACGACCACAGCUGGCCAAAACUGCGUGUCUGAAAAUGGCGGCGCUGUUGCCACCGACGACACGGUCAACACGGCAACACUGGUGCCAGUGCUGGGGGUUAGCAUGAUGCCUGACCUGACACCAGCCGUCCUUGACCUCGCUCAAGCAUGGAGCUUUCGCUCAGCCGUCUUCUUUUACGACUCCGGCCAUGCGCUGGCCACGCUGGGUCGGUUGCUGCAGCCACCAGAGGGUCACCAACAGCUCGCCAUCACGAGGAUGCUGCGAGUGUCACGAGACGGAAGUUCGGCUCACGCGGUGCUGGCAGGCAUGGAACGCGCCGACCCGCACGGUCGCAAGCUGGUCGUGCUCGACUGCGACCACGAGCUCGCCAAGGACAUCGUAAUCCGGCACGUCAGGGAUAUCUACAUGGGCAGGAGAAACUACCACUACGUGCUUGCGAGGCCCGUUGUAAGCCACCGGUACCUUGAAGGAGUCACUGAAUUCGCUGCCGUCAACAUCACGGCGUUCAGGUUCCAAAACACCGAGGAAUUGACGCAAGCCUACAACUACAAAACAACGGCUGAAGAAGCGGUGAUCGCGGACUCGGCGCAGCUGCUGAUCGGCGCGUAUCGCAGCCUGCGGGAGGAGCCCCCCGCUCGCAAUGGGGACCUCUUCGAGGACCGCGUGCGUGUGGCCUCCUCUGGGGCAGCAGCCACGUCGCAAUGCGGUCGCAUCGCCUACCUCACCCACGAACAGGGACGGGUGGUCGACUCGUACCUCAAGGGCGUUGUAUUCGACGGAAAGACAGGAAGAGUCGAAUUCGACGAAAGAGGUUGCCGCGUCAAUUUCACGGCUGACGUGAUUCAAGUCAACGGAAAAAACCAGUGGCUUAAGAUUGGGACUUGGUCGAGCCGUGGCUUUAUGUCGGCUGGACGACAAGACAAGGUGACCUCGAAAGAGGACAAGGACUACGUGCAUAGGGUUGCAGCCACUCUGGCAGCGCCAUUUCUUAUGCGGAAGGCUCGGCGCAUUGAGGACGGCCGGGGUGAAUAUGAAGGAUUCACCAAGGACCUGAUGGAUGCCAUCAGCCGCAUCAGCGGUAUUAAGUACGCCAUUCAUGUUGCCAAGACAACUGGCCUGGGGGACUCCUGGGAAGGCAUGGUCAGCGAGAUCCUGAAUGGGGAGACCGACCUCGCCGUGGGUGAGACGGUGGUCGCGGCUGACCGCUGGCACGACGUGGACAUGACGCUGCCGGUUCUCAGCACGGGUCUCGCUGCGGUGGUGAGGAGGAGGGCGCUCAAGGGUGUCGGCAUGCGCACCUUCAUAGCUGCCUUCGAUUGGCGCCUGUGGGCGGGAUGCGGUGCCUCAGUAGUGACCGUGUACGUGGUACUAGGCAUAAUCGGUUUGGCCUCCUUGAAAGGCGCUGUGCACUGCUGUUUUGAGCCUAAGGCUGCCACAGAUGCCGACAAGCACCCUCCUACGAGCUACCGGGGGCCGAACACAUCGUGUGCCAACUUCAAGGCGAGGUCCAUCUCUGGCCGCAUAGUGGGCAGCUUCUGGUGGGUCUUCUUGGUGCUGGUUUUCUCUGCCUACACGACCGAGCUAGCCUCGUACCUGAAGCCAAAGUACGAGAUUCAAUCCUGGGCUCAUUUGGACAGCACAGAACUCAAGCAUAUGUGGGUGAGGACAGCGAGAAUAUACUUUGAGAGCACCCGCGACGAGAUGACGAGGAAGCUGUGGGGCCACAUAGACGAACAGGGAGCCGGCCGCCAGGUGCCCUCGCUUCGACAAGGUGUCGACAUGGUGGGGAGUAACUCGCCUGGAAACCUGGUCGUGUUCAGCGAUGCCCUGGCCGCCGAGUACGUGAGCGGCCAGCCCCCUUGCAACACCAGGGUCAUACGAGCUCACCACACUUCGCGGCACAUUGCACUCGCCGUGAAUAAGAAUGACACGCUGAGAGAAAGGCUCAACCACGCCAUUGCGACUAUGUCGGAGACGGGAGAGUUGGACGAAAUCAAAAGGAAGUGGUGGUCAACGAGGUGCCUCAAGGCUCCGGAGGACGAGCCGAUAAAGCUGCGGCUGUUCCUUCCGGUCGCUCUUGCUAUUUCCGGGUUCAUACUGGAAGGCGCUGGUCUUGGUUUGGUUGAGCUACUGGUACGAGGCUGCAAUAAACUUUGCAUCUGGGCUCGACUCAAGUCAGAACGGUCUGCGCGAGAGACGGACCCACCGUUAAAGACUAUCGCCUAAGCAGGUUUCCAUCCACAGCAAGCUUGAAGCGCUACAACUCGCUUUGUCGCCGUUGCUCAAAUUGUCAUUUUCCUUUUACGGGUCACUUGUGUUCGUAAACGCUUCAUUGCUUGGUCAUGAAGACGGGAGGGCGACUGAACAAACUUUUUUAUGUGCUAAGACACUUCUUAAUGACUUGCCCAGUUAUAUUUGUUAGGCCCGCGGCAUUAGAGUAAUUUUCUUUGCAAUUUACCACGAGCACUGAUAGAGAGAAAGAGGUUGAUUUACAGAGAGGCAGAGAGGCCGGCCUGAGCGAUAGCCUGCUAUACUCUACACCGGGGGAGGAGAACGGGGAAGAAAAGACGGAGCUGCCUCUGCGGGGCAAGGUAAAAGCUGCGGAAUUGACGGGGGUCUUUCCGAAUAAGAAAAGAAUAUUGCUAGGGGUGUGCGAAUAUCAAAUUUCCAACUUCUAAGCGAAUUCGAACAAUGAAAACGAAGUGCGAAUCGAAUAGAAUAUUUCCCGAGUAUUCUUUAAUACGAAUAGUGCAACUGAGCAUUGCAAAAAAAAUUUUUUUUCACCAACCAGACAAGAAAGUGUGACAAAAAUUUGGAGACCCAAAGUAACGAGGGCAACAAAUGACAGGACUGGUGCCAAUUUCUUGUCCUCGUUCCUUUUUGGCUUCAAGUAUAUGUCAGACCAUGCACCAACUAGCCCAAGAAUGCGUUUUAGUCAGACAUGAAAAAGUGGAAAAAGUGCCGUGUGUUGAACAGUAAACAAUGCACAGAAAAUUCUUGCAUUUUACAGCACUAUUGAUUUACAGUACCCCAUAUGCAGUCAUUUAAUGUUUUCACGAAGGAUGGAUAGCUGCUCGGUAUGUUCUGGAAGGAGCGACACCGUUGUACACGUCACCAUUCCUCCAGACAACGAAAAGAGCCCUUAACUAGACACACUAGUGCUGAUCUUGCCGCCAUAGUUUAAACUUCUAAGCACGCUUUCUCCGUUGGAAGUAGCCAUGGCAACUGAUCGGCACGAUGUUCAGUGCAGGUGCUUCAUCUUAAGAUAACCCGAAAUAAUACUGGAUUUCCUGAUUUUUAGACAUUUCUUCCUAAUUUCGCAAUGGCUCCCCAUUUGUUUCGGUGGUGUUCGGUAUAAUUUCGGCACUUUACUGAACGACAUGCUUGGCGUCAUUAUAGAAUGCCAUAAUCUGUCCCCUAGACUUGAAUAUUGGCGCCACAUAUGCAAAUGCACACUAGGGAGGGUGCGGGGGCAACAUGACAAAUGAAAUUACUUUGUGCAUCGAACUAUGCGAAGUUUAGCACAGGUGUGUAAUUCUUUGUGCUCAUUUCAACACAUGUUAUGUAGUCUUGUUGUGCUUGAAUAUUUCUAAUAGUAAAAGUGCAUUGCGAAUCUAAUCAAA